UGCGCCACUUUAAUUUCAGCUCGGUUACGGGGUGAAAGGUCAGCUACGUUUUCUGGUUGGAUUUAAAUGUAUAAUCUGGUUUUUACGCAGGUUAGUGUAACGAAAUGCAGCGUAAAUGUCACUUUGAGGUUGAGACACACACUCGCCUGAACUUUGAACGGAUGUAGACUUCUUAGAGCAGGUCCGUGUUUAGCAGAGCUGUUUUUCCACCGCGGUGAAGCUCGUUUAAGAUGGAUAUGAGACAGAUGUUCACCCCGCGACUCUCCACGCUCAGAGGUGGGUUUCAUACCGUGAGCUGUGGCAGAGACGGCGGUCAGCUCUGCUCCGUGGACUCGCUCCUGAAAGCAAUGAUCCAGGAGGAGAUGGCUUCCAUACAGUGAUGAGAAGGCAUGUUCAGCCUGGAGGUGUGAUGAUCAGUGUCUGCUGAGGUGGUUUGUCAGGAAACUACAUUCACUAUCAGCUGUCCUAAAGAUGGCGCUGGUUAAAGAAGAUCCUGAAGAACAGAGUGAUGUGGACCAGCAGAACCCAGAGCACCUCCACAUAAAGGAGGAAGAGGAGGAACUCUGCACCAGUCUGGAGGGAGAGCAGCUCCAUUUGGAACAGGAGACUGAUGCCGUCAGGUUUCCAUUCACUGCAGUUUCUAUAAAGAGUGAAGAUGAUGCAGAGAAACCUGUGUUAUCACAGCUUCAUCAUCAGCAAAUAGAAGACAGAGAUGUUCCAACCAGCAGCUCAGAUGACCAGAUGACAGCAGGAACAGGUGGAGAAGGAGAAACUAGCAGGAACUCAGAUCUAAACCCUCAUGAACAGACAUCCGACUCUGAUCUGUCAGACUUCUGGCCUGAAUCUGGAGGAAGAGACAAUGACUCAAUAUUUAGCUGCCCAGAGUGUGGUAAACAAUUUUUUCAAAAGUGGUCUCUCCAGACACAUUUGAGAGUUAUGGGUCAUUCAGCAAUAAGUUCUUCGGACUGUUUGGUUAAUAAAUGUGAUGGAGUGAAGCAACCUGUAGACUCACGCAGGAAAGCUCAGACAGAACUAAAGUUAUUCAGUUGUGAUGAUUGUGGGAAAAGAUUUGGUACAAAAUCAAAUUUAAAUAGUCAUAUGAAUGUCCACACAGGACAGAAACGUUUUGCUUGUGAGCUCUGUGGACAACGAUUUAGUCAUAAGACAAGUUUAAACAGACACUUGAGAGUCCACACAGGACAGAAACCUUUUGCUUGUGGACACUGUGGACAAAGAUUUAGCCGAAAAACAACUUUAAACACUCACAGGAGAGUGCACACAGGACAGAAACCUUUUGCUUGUGGACAUUGUGGACAAAGAUUUAGCCAAAGGGCACAUUUAAACAGUCACAUAAGAGUCCACACAGGACAUAAACCUUUUGCUUGCUCUCACUGUGGAAAAAGAUUUAGCCGAAAAUCACUGUUAAAUGGACACAUAAGAGUCCACACAGGACAGAAGCCUUUUGCUUGUGAACUUUGUGGACAAAGAUUUAGUCAGAAGACAAGUUUAAACAGACACUUGACAGUCCACACAGGAAAAAAACCUUUUGCUUGUGAACUUUGUGGACAGAGAUUUAGCCAAAAGACAAAUUUAAACAGACACAUGAGAGUCUACACAGGACACAAAGAACUAAUUUAACAACAAGGGUCCCAAAACGGUCUCUUGUAGUCUUUACAUCAUAGAUGUCAGUUUUGUACCCUAGAUCAGAGCCACAUUCAGCCUUUGACUUCUAUCAGUGCUGCUGAAAUGCAGUUAUUUUUAAAUAUGGGUGGAGGAGCGAAAGUACUGAUUUUUACUUGAGACAAAAGUCAACCGUGUCCGGUGAUCUGUAUGCCACACAAGACAGUGUCAGAGCUUGGUCUGCAUUACCAGCAGUAAGGCUGGCUCAUUUACAGCGAGAGUAGGACUCCACCAGGGCUGCCCUUUGUCACUGAUUCUGUUCACAACUUUGAUGGACAGAAUUUCUAGGCACAGCCAAGGUGUGAGGGGAUGAAUUUUGGAGGCCUAAGGAUCCGGGCUCUGCUUUUUGCAGAUGAUGUGGUCCUGUUGGCUUCUUCAGACCGUGAUCUCCAUCUUUUGCUGGAGUGGUCUGCAGCCUAAUUUAUACCUCUCCGUCAGCUCCGCAAGGGAGAGACGCACACACACAUUGACAGACGUUUUGCUUUCAGACUUCAUCAGCUGGGGAUUGUUGCAAAACAAUUCCCUGCCAAGACAACAGAGGGCAUAGCGCUAUUCUGAGGUAUCCUGCCACCAUUACAGUCACGUAUUUGGUCCACGAUAGUGUAUUCAAUAUUGUGUUUACAUUGUUUUAAUGUGUUUAAAAGACUUUUUAACACAGGCAAAUUUGCCACAAAUCCUGGUGUUAAAGUGGAAGUCAAAGAAACUGCUACAGGGUAUCUGCGGGUCCUUAAAAAGUCUUAAAUUUGCUUUUCCAAAUGUAAGGCCUUGAAAAUCCUUAAAAAUGACAAAUAAUCCUUAAAUCCAGUUUCCAAAGGCCUUAAAUUACCAAAGACCCAAUAAACAAGAUUAUUUUAUUUCUAUAAAAAUUUUCGUGAAUUUCUAGUUAGUGUUCAGCAUUUUUUGUGUAUGAUGUUGGCGUAAGCGGAACUGUACACAUUCAGUUGGUUGUGAAAGGGGGCUGUUUUUAGAUGAGCACAUUAGCUGGUUAAGCUAGUGGGAGCUUGCGCCAUGGGGAAGCGCAAGUUUAAUGGUAACUGGAUGGUUAAUCCCAUGCUCACGACGUGGUUUGCACCGUUUCCAGGCAAUAGCUGGAAAUUAUAGCUUAAAUUUAAUUUUAAAAAAUUGCUUAAAUUUGGUCAAAGUGGCCUUAAAAAUGGUCUUAAAAAGUCUUAAAUUUUUUAUCAAAUAUAAACAUUAUUGUGUCUUCAGUAAAAGAGCACAUAUCCAUGUGAAAUUAAGAGCUAUUCAUCAAAGUAACUGAGAAAAAAGAUAGAUACCAGGACUGGCAGUCAGAAAAGAAAGAUCAGUUAGUGUAGUUUAAAUAAUGUAUAGGUGAAAAGAGAGAUAAUAGCUUAUUUUGUACUGAGACAAAUGGCUGCAUGGUCCUUCGAGAAGAAAGCAGAGUUUUACGUUAGCAUUCUAAAUGAUUCUGAUACAGUCUCUUCUAGAAUGGAAAUAAGCAGUAUUCAGUGUACUCACAACAGAAAAGAGGAAAUGCAUGUCAACUCCACAUCUGGAAAGUUCAAAACUUCACUCCAGAUGUGCCCUAAUGUGUCAAACUGAAAGAAUGGUUGGUUGCAUUCAGAGCCACUCUGAAGAAUAGACGAACAUAAAGCCGCUCCACAGGGCCCCCAAACCAUCCGAGGUCCCGUAAAUUCUUGAACUGUAACAAGAGAAAAGAUGUGCAAUUUUAAACUAGUUUAAUAAGAAUCAUGUGAAACUUCAUUUGACUGUUUCAAUGUUAAUAAAUGAAGAAAAAAUAUAUACGUUCAUUUAAGCUUACUUUAUAAAAAAUAUAAUCUUCAUAGUUUGAUGGCUAAUCUAACAGUUUUGGUGAUUGAGCUCAGGGUGUUCAGAAAUACAUCUCAGUCUCAAUCACCAAUUAUCUGUGCUUUUUAACUUUUGUCCCCCUCUCCCAUAUUCCAAAAGAUCUGCAUUGAGAUGCUGUUAGAAGUUCUGAUGUUCCUAACCGGGUCCCAGAUUUAGUUCAGCUAAAGACCUCUGGCCAGCCCUGGCUGGCUGCAUCUAUUUCAGUCACACAGUAAAGGCAGUGGACUUAAGAACUGUCCAGUUGAAUGUUAACAACACAAAACAGCGUGUUCAGUGUAGUAAACUCACAAAUGUAGAAAAAUGCUUGUGAAGUCCACACUAAUGAAAGACACACACUUGGAACAUCCCUGGGGCCCAGUGGACAGGGUAGCCUUAAAGAAGAAGAGUCAGGUUGAUUAAAAAAGUGAUUAAUACACAAACCAAAAAGAUAUUUUUGACUUAAGUCUAAUAAAAGGUGCAUAGUGGUUGAGAACUGUUGAAUGGCCCCCGAUAAUCCUCAAAUAUGUAGCAAGACAAAGAAACUGAACAAGUAUGAACUUUACAACUGAAAGCAGCAAGCGAACCUAGUGAGAGAAGACAAAACAAAGCAAAAAUUUCAUUCUUUUAUGUCACAAAAUGUAAUUCACUACUUUAACACAAUUAUAUUGUUCAUAAAUCUCCCCUUACAAAAGUA